GUGAUCCGUUCCUUUUAACGUUCUUUUAGGGUUUCAGAGCAUUCCUCCAAAACCCUAGUCUAGUCGUUCACCCUCAGCUACUACAGGGUUUCAUCCAUUCACAACCUACAGGGCAUCAAUUUCUCGUUAAUCGGUAAUUCAGAGUUAGGCUCCAGGACAUUCAAUUUGGCUAGGACUGGCUCUUAUUUUUCUCUGUCUGUGUUUUGGCUGCAAAAUUUUGAAUUCACUUGAAAUUUUGGCCGGCUUUUCAAACAUUGGCCAUGAAGCUGGAUGUCAAUGUUCUGCGGUAUCUAUCCAAAGAUGAUUUCAGGGUUCUCACUGCUGUCGAGAUGGGCAUGAGAAAUCAUGAAAUCGUACCUUCGGAGCUCAUUGACCGCAUUGCCGGUCUCAAGCAUGGAGGCAGUUACAAGGUGAUGAAGAACUUGCUCAAGCAUAAGCUGUUACACCAUGAUGCUUCCAAAUAUGAUGGGUUCCGGCUCACCUACCUUGGUUAUGAUUUUCUUGCAAUUAAGACAAUGGUUAACCGUGGAGUUUUUUCUGCUGUUGGUCGUCAAAUUGGCGUUGGGAAAAAGAGUGAUAUAUUUGAGGUUGCCACGGAAGAUGGUAAAGUUCUUGCAAUCAAGCUGCAUAGGCUGGGUAGAAUUUCCUUUAGAGCUGUCAAAUCUAAGCGUGAUUACUUGAGGCAUCGGAGUAGUUAUAACUGGCUCUAUUUAUCCCGUCUUGCUGCUCUCAAGGAGUUUGCUUUUAUGAAGGCUUUGGAGGAACAUGGUUUCCCUGUUCCAAAUGCUGUGGACUGUAAUCGGCAUUGCGUGGUUAUGUCACUUGUCCAAGGUUAUCCACUUGUGCAGGUGAAGCAAUUGCAAAAUCCAGACACAGUUUUUGAAACAAUCGUUGGUCUUGUUGUUCGACUGGCAGAGCAUGGCCUCAUUCACUGUGACUUCAAUGAAUUCAACAUUAUGAUUGAUGAUGAUGAGAAGGUCACAAUGAUUGAUUUUCCGCAAAUGGUAUCAGUAUCUCAUCGUAAUGCACAGAUGUACUUUGACCGUGAUGUUGAAUGCAUCUUCAAGUUUUUCAGGAGGAGGUUCAACCUGUCUGUUGAAGAACAGACUGCAGAAUCUGAUGGUUCAGAUGUGGAUUCAGAUGAAAUUAGGCCUUGCUUUUCAUCAAUAACGAAAGUUACUGAUUCCCUCGACGAGGAACUUGCUGCCAGUGGGUUUACUAGAAAGGAUCAGGAUGACAUUGAAAAGUUCAUUGAAGGAGAUCUUGAGGACUUGGGUUCUGAUGAUGAAGGAACUGCAGAGGAAGGAUAUACUUUUGAUGCAACAAAUGACGCCGACAUCAGGCAUCUUGAUUCUUUGCACUUGGUGGAGCUGAUUGGGACUUGUGAUGAAAAAGGUGAGUCAGAGAAGAAUCAACAGUUUGCUGAGGCAGAGCCGAGUACUGAAACUGAGACUCAGAAUGCUAGUGGCAAGGAGGAAGAGGAAGAGGAAGAAAUUGAACAGGAAGAUAAUCCAGACUUGACAAAGCAGCUAAACAAGCAGAGACGGCGAGCCAUAGCUGCAGCCCAUGGUGGACGGAGGACUUUUGCCUCAAGAAAUUCAUACAAGGACAAGGGUGGUCGGUCUGGUCAUAAUUCCAAAAUCCAGAAGCAAUUGAGCAACUGGUGAGAUGUUUAAAAAAAUCAUCAAGAAAAAUGCAAGACGAAGAAGCUAAUGUUCAUUUUUUGGAGAGGUCAAAGAAACAGGACAAGAAAGCUGGAAAACCUACUAGGAUUUCUGGUUCAUUUUUAUUAGAUAAUGUGUGGAUGAAACUGAAACAGAAGCUUGUGAUUCAAUAUAGAGAAGGGCUUGUUAGGCUGCAAAGAUAUGAUUUUGUCUUAUGUAUUAUAUAUCAUGUUGAUACUCCUAUUGGAGCACAGUUUGAAUAAUUUUUUACCUUAAGAUCUGUCUAAUUUUGAACC